GACAAAAUGAAACCAAAAAUUAAGCGAUACAAAUUGGAAAAUCCCAGGACUUGCCAUCGGAAAAUCAUUUUACGUAUCUUCAUUGUGCUGAUUCGAAAAAUUUAACGUCUGUAGAUUAUUCCUUUUUAGUGUGCCUUGAAGUGUAUAAUUUUCUCAUCUGCCUCUGUUGUUGUUAAACUCUCUCUUAACAGAACUUGUCUCUUCUCUUUUUCUAUCUCUGUCUGUCUGUCUGUCUGUCUGUCUCAGUCUCCUCUGACUCAAAAAUUCUCUUCGUUUAUCGUUUUCUCGGCGUAGAUCUCUCUCCUAUUACUAUACAGUCUUUUUCCGGUGGUCAUCAGAUCCGUGUGGGAGUUUCUGUUUCGUCCGAUGUGUGGAGUUUGACUGAGUCUCAAUCGGACAUAGUGGCGCUUCAAGGUUUUUUACGAUGGGACAGUGUUAUGGUAAGGGCAUUCCUACAUCGGAAAAUGAUACAACUAACACAAUAACCGCGGUCGUUUCCGCUAAUCAAAAUCAAACGCCGUUACGGCCGUCAACUCCCGGUAAUGGCCCCCUACCUGUCAAGUACACACCUGGCCGCACUUCCAACCCUAGUCCUUGGCCCAGUCCAUUUCCUUACGGCUCCUCUGCUAGUCCACUGCCACCUGGCGUCUCUCCGUCUCCAGCUAGAGCAUCUACGCCGAGGAGAUUCUUUCGGAGGCCUUUCCCCCCUCCGUCUCCGGCGAAGCACAUAAAGGCUUCUUUAGUUAAGCGUUUUGGCGGCGGGAAGCCCAAGGAGAGUACAAUUCCUGAGGAUUUUGGAACGGAGCAGGAGCAGUCUCUUGACAAGAGCUUCGGAUACGGUAAGAAUUUCGGAGCUAAGUACGAACUAGGGAAGGAAGUAGGGCGAGGACAUUUCGGUCAUACAUGCUCUGCUAGAGGUAAAAAGGGUGAGCUCAGAGAUCAACCAGUUGCUGUUAAGAUCAUCUCCAAAGCCAAGAUGACAACAGCAAUAUCAAUCGAAGAUGUUCGUAGGGAGGUGAAAAUAUUGAAAUCACUAUCAGGACACAAGAAUCUGGUCAAAUAUUAUGAUGCAUGUGAGGAUGCGAAUAAUGUGUACAUAGUCAUGGAAUUGUGUGAAGGUGGGGAACUACUGGACCGAAUUUUAGCGAGGGGAGGAAGGUACACAGAGGAUGAUGCAAAAGCUAUAGUUGUGCAAAUUCUAAGUGUGGUUUCAUUUUGUCAUCUUCAAGGUGUUGUGCAUCGUGACUUAAAGCCAGAGAAUUUCCUCUUCACUUCUGGACACGAUGAUGCUGAUAUGAAGCUUAUUGAUUUUGGUCUCUCUGACUUUAGCAGACCAGAUGAAAGACUUAAUGAUAUUGUUGGAAGCGCAUACUAUGUCGCACCUGAAGUCUUGCAUAGAUCUUAUAGUCUGGAGGCAGAUAUAUGGAGCAUUGGUGUCAUCACAUAUAUCUUGUUAUGUGGAAGCCGACCUUUCUGGGCAAGGACAGAGUCCGGCAUUUUCCGUGCAGUGCUAAGAUCUGAUCCCAACUUUGAUGAUUUACCCUGGCCUUCUGUCUCUCCUGAGGCUAAGGACUUUGUAAAGAGACUCCUGAACAAGGACUUCAGGAAACGAAUGACUGCUGUUCAAGCUUUAACUCACCCUUGGUUGCACAAUGAUGAUCGGCCUGUUCCUUUGGACAUAUUGAUCUACAAGUCGGUAAAGGCAUAUCUCCAUGCUACACCUCUGAAACGUAUGGCACUGAAGGCCCUCUCAAAAGCUUUGACCAAAGAUGAGUUGGUGUAUCUUAGAGCACAGUUCAGGCUGCUGGAACCCAAUAAAGAUGGAAGCGUAUCUCUUGAUAAUUUUAGAUUGGCUUUAGGAAGAAAUGCAACUGACGCUAUGAGGGAGUCAAGGGUUCCUGAUGUUCUUAAUGCGAUGGAAUCACUUGCAUAUAGGAAGAUGUACUUUGAAGAGUUUUGUGCAGCUGCAAUCAGCACACAUCAACUGGAGGCUCUGGAAGGGUGGGAACAGAUUGCCUCUACUGCUUUUGAGCAUUUUGAGCUCGAGGGUAACCGAGUCAUUUCAAUUGAAGAAUUGGCCCGGGAAUUGAAUGUUGGCCCUUCAGCUUAUGCAUAUCUCAAGGAUUGGAUUAGAAACUCAGAUGGAAAACUUAGUUUACUUGGAUAUACAAAAUUUUUGCAUGGUGUGACAAUUCGAAGUACAAACACAAGACAACAUUAGUUUUUAUUAGCCUUUGACAUAUAGGUUUUUUUUUUUUUUUUUUAAAUUAAAAAAAUUAUGCAUUUGGUGAACUUGGAGGGUUUGCUUCUGUCUUUAUUUAUUUUAUUUUUAAUCCUUCUGGGCUGGGGUACAGAAGAUGUGCAUAAAAUGAAUGUUAGUCAAAGUCAGUUAUGAGAUUGUUGAGGCAAAUUUGCAGUGGAGGUUCUCUUCUUUGCUCAUACCCUAUUUUUGCAAACCUACAUGGAAAAUGGGUUAGAGCUGAAAUUGUGAUUAUUGGUUAAUUUAUGGAGGCGAAAAGGUUGAUGGACAGCAAAAAAUUGUAACAUUUGUUCUCCUUUUUGUUUGCUGAUGUUCAUUCUGUAAUUUUGUAUUCAUGGCAUAUCAUAUUCAUAUGUCAUGUGGGAUGAUUAAGAAUUAGGUGGGUGGAACAUAUCCCUUCUUUCAGCCAAUUAUAUUUAUCUUCUAUUAUCUAAUGAUAAUUACCCUUUUUUGUUUAAUAAAA